GGAUAAACACCGUCACACCUCCUCCACCCGCAGACUGACCUCCGCACCGAGCCGGCACACGGGAGAUGUAGUCUAUAGCACAUGUUUUGUAGUUUAUAGCACAUGUUUUGUAGUUUAUAGCACAUGUUUUGUAGUUUAUAGCACAUGUUUUGUAGUUUAUAGCAGAUUAGUUUUGAAGAAUGCUGCGUUCAAGUGACAGAAAAGAGGCUCAGAAACGUGAUGAGGAAGCGGAACAACUCUGAGAGCAGCGGGACUCUGCUGCACGGAGACCCGGCCCCGCACAGACCCGCAGCGGCCCCGCACAGACCCGCAGCGGCCCCGCACAGACCCGCAGGACAGGAGGCCAUGGGGAAACCGUUCAGCAGGUUGGGUGUGGUGGGGAAGAUGAAGAGGUUGCUGUUGUGGCUGCUGAUCGUCUACGUCUCCGUUCCCUUCAUCAUCAAACUCUGUCCGUCCAUCCAGGCCAAACUCGUCUUCCUCAACUUCGUGAGGAUGCCCUACUUCCUCGACCUGAAGAGACCUCUGGACCAGGGACUGAACCACACACACAACUUCUACCUGGAGCCGGAGGCGGGACUUAAGAUAGGAGUCUGGCACACAGUUCCUGCUCACAUGUGGAGAGACGCUCAGGGGAAACGAGGCGACUGGUACGACUCCACCUUUAGCUCCACCCACUCUGUCAUCCUCUAUCUCCAUGGAAACGCAGGGACCAGAGGAGGGGACCACCGAGUUCAGCUGUAUAAGGUCCUCAGUUCUUUAGGUUUCCACGUCAUCACCUUCGACUACAGAGGGUGGGGGGAUUCCGAUGGCUCUCCAUCAGAGGGGAUGACAUCAGACGCUCUCUUCGUCUAUGAUUGGCUGAAACGGCGUCUGGACGACAAAACGCGGCUUUACAUCUGGGGACACUCUCUGGGGACGGGAGUUGCCACCAACCUGGUCAGACGGCUGUGUGACAGAGGAAGUCCUCCUGGCGCUCUGAUCUUAGAGUCUCCGUUCACCAACAUCAGAGAGGAGGCCAAGAGCCACCCCUUCUCCAUGGUGUACAGAUUCCUGCCCGGCUUUGAUUGGUUCUUCCUGGACGCCAUCACAGCAAACAACAUCCUCUUUGCCAGCGAUGAGAAUGUGAAUCACAUCUCCUGUCCGCUGUUGAUCCUCCACGCUGAGGACGACGGCGUCGUUCCUUUCCAUCUCGGCAAAAAGCUGUACAGCUUGGCCUCCCAGUCAAAGAGCCUCAGCGGCCACAAGGUGCAGUUUGUUCCUUUCUCCUCCGCUCUGAGCUACAAGCACAAGUUCAUCUACAGGAGCCCGGAGCUGCCAAACAUCCUCAGUGAUUUCCUCGGAUCAGCUCACCAACAGACGGACGAUUCAACCUGAGAGAACACACACACACACACACACACACACACACACACACACACACACACACACACACACACACACACUCACACACACACACACACUCACACACUCAUCAGCGUUUGUUUUCUGUUUGGGCUGAAUAUUCUCGCAUGAACUGAACAACAUGAUUCCCUCUUAUUUCUGUCACCAUUCCUCUCACGACGACGAGGAUGACGAGCAAACGGAGAAGAGAGAACGUUCAUCGUUUAAUAUUUUAAUCAUCCUGGUUCUUUACAAUCUGAGUGAUUUUUAUUUAGUUUUGCUCUUUGUCUGACUCUGAUCGGGUUGGUUAUUAAUAUGGUCCUCUCGGUUUAAGGCCUGUUAUGACUUGAAUUAUGAAUUAAAUAUUUUAUGAAA